UGCAGCUGCUUGUCAACAAAAUGGCCUUCCUCAAUUGCUUUUCGAGGACCUACUGACUACUUCUGUUUUGGUAAAACAGUACUGAUAUCUGGUUGAACAAUAGAGGCGAGCAUUCUUUUUUUUUUUAAAACACAGCAUUUGUCAAUUCAUUGCUGUGUUCAUAAAAGACAGACACUGUUGGUCUGUCCACAUGAAUGUUAUGGUUUUUGGUUUUAUUCUCGAGUUAGCUUAACAGGAGCUAACAGUCUACCUGCAAACCCCCAUCGACCUCAGCUUUCAUCGGUGUGAUUGUUUUUAAAACCCCGCAGUGAAAUUUGAACAACUGCUGGUUGAAAUUCAACAGAGUAACCCCUUUUUUGGUUACAAAAGUAACGCUGUCAAAAUGAGAACAAGUCCUCAGAUGGAGUAAUCUCUUGAGCUGGAACUUGUAGACCUGAAAAGUGAGAAUGAUUGGUGAAAUGCAAAGUAGCUGCCCAGCAUAGAGGCAGGUAUGCUCCCCAUGGGCUCACAAUGAACCGUGACACCUUUUCCCAUAUCCGACUGUGGUGCCCACGCCCCUUUGGCACCUACUCACAGAAUAAGCCAUACAGCAAUGGUACAGUUCUCAAUGGAACAACUACCACCCACUGCAAGGCCGAUGAUUCAGGACUUACAGCUAUAGAGACCCAUGGAGUCAGUGAGGAGCAAGAGGAGGAUGUUGGCACUGAAAACACCCCACCAGCUGCUUCAUCUACCCUUCUGGCCCCACCACUACCUGCAUCACCCUCUCCUAAUUCACAGAUGGAAGAUGGCAGAGUAUUGCUUGAUACCUGGUAUGUCAUCAAACCAGGCAACACUAAGGAGAAAAUUGCCUUCUUUGUAGCUCACCAGUGUAAUGGUGCUGGAAUUCCCAGGCCUAGUGCCAUGAAAGUCAAGGGAAACUGGGCUACUGAUUGUACCAAGGCCAAGCGCCGUCGUCGCUGCUCCUCUUACGAUCCUCCCACUAAAGCGCAAAAUGUUACAGUUGAUGUACCAGCAGAACCUAACUUGACGGAUGAUGGUGUUGUAGUUAGUGAGACUGAUUUGCUCUCAGUGGCAGAAAUGGUGGCUCUUGUAGAACAGCGUACAGCCUUGGCCCUUCAGGGCAUGGUUGCACAAGGUCAAACUAGUCCUUACACAGUCCAUCAGAAACCUGUUGUAAUCCUCUCAGAACCUCCUUCAUCCACACCAGCUUCUCAAAGUGACUUUGAUCUGCUGCAGCAACAACAGGAAUCUAGACGCGUUGCUCAGACUGUUGCGCAGUUUGAAUCUCGGCAGCAGAAUCUUGACAGUACAACUUUGCGGCCUGAACUAAAUGGUUCAGGAAGAGACUGCAUACAGACUGGUGAGUCUGGAACCCCAAGCCAUGGCAGAGGGGAAGUAAGGAUCGCGUUUCGGGUUUCGAGUUUGGACCCUCGCACCCAGUCUGAACCUGUUGGCCGCCCUAAAUGCAUGUUUAUGAGUUGUGGAGUUGGAGGAGGGCAGGCAGCAGCCAGAGGCAAAGAAAAGAUCACUUGUGACCUUUAUCAACUGGUUAGUCCCUCAUCUCGAGACCCAGGUGCCCUCCUGGCUGGGUCACCCAAGGCCGAUCCUCUUGGGGAAGGUAUCACUGAUAGGCCUCCCUCAACAACGCCAGAUCCUAACCAAGACCCUGCCUCAGGAGAGAAAGCAACAGUUGCUCGAGAGCGGGUGACUGGCUUCCAUGUUGAGGUUGUGGUCACAGGUGCAGUAGACCAAUGUGUCUUCUAUGGGAAAGACAGCACAGAGAAUGUUCAAGAAGAGACUGUAUGCUUUGCUAUGCCCAAUGGAGCUAAAUCAACUGAUGCCUCAGAGGACCCACCUCCUGGCCAGCUGUUUUUUCUGCAGUCAGCAGCUACUGAAGAUGAGAAUUGUUCAGCGGUAAACGGUGGGAUGCGGUCCUUAGACUGUGCAAACAACAAUGGGCCAUUGGGGGCUACUAUUGAGAGGCCAGACUCCCCACUGGCGACUGUGGAUGAUUGUUCUGAUCCUCCGUUGUGCCGCCUCUACCGUCACGUUUCCCAUGACUUCCUCGAGAUUCGCUUUCAGAUCCAGCGGCUUCUGGAGCCACGGCAAUACAUGCUUUCGCUUCCGGACCACAUCAUGGUCAACAUCUUCAGCUAUCUGCCCACCCAUUCUUUAGCAGCCCUCAAAUGCACCUGCCAUGACUUCAAGACCCUGAUUGAGACCUACGGUGUGCGUGCUACAGACUCUCGUUGGAACCAGGACCCGCUGUACCGUGACGACCCCUGCAAGCAGUGCAAGCGACAGUAUGAGCGAGGAGAUGUGUCGCUCUGUCGCUGGCAUCCGAAACCUUACCACCACGACUUGCCUUAUGGACGCUCCUACUGGAUGUGUUGUCGGCGCACAGAUAAGGACACUCCUGGCUGUCGAGUUGGGCUACAUGAUAACAACUGGGUACAGCCAUGUGAGCUGGUUCAGGCCCGCAAAAGAGAUGAUGCGAGGUAAAGGAUUGGGUCGGGGGAUUGUCAUUACUCUCCCUGCUUUUGCUCUACUGAAACCUCAUGCCACUGUACUAUUUAUGGUUGAGCUCGCCUCUCCUAUCUUAGCUUGUUAACCUUGCUAUCAUUGUCAGUAUCAGUUCUUAUCAGUGCACCAUACUUAAUUAUCUGUCCCCUCGGGCGCAGAUGAGUAUUCUGGAAGUUGAAAACCCUAAAUGAGGUAGUCUGCUGCAUGGGACUAGUGUUUUGAUUUGGUUAGGAAAUUCUGAUGGCUUGGCAAUCUUUAAAGACCAGCUCUGAUUCUGACCCCAACCUUGCAAAAAAUAACCUGCAGGCUAGACACAGGACUUGUGAGUAAAACUUUGUGGGGUUGUUGUCAAGUUAAAAUUUGCUGUCUCUUUGGUCAAAAGCGCGCAAAAUGAUGUCACUUUACAAAUCCCUGAUGUCACUUUGUAAUCAACAGUUUGACUGCUUGUUGGAUUUUUCUGUUUUCGUGUGUGAAUGUGAGUGAAUAAUAUUUUUUUUUCUUGUUGGUGGGCUUCAUUUUUCCUCUCCUUCAAAUUGAUUUAUGAAAUCAGUCUUUAUUUCUUGACCAAACCUUUCUUCUUUUCUAUCUCUUUGCCUGCCAGGCUGUCUGUGUGCUUGUUGGCAAAGGCAGCUUUUGCCAAAGCAGUAAUUAGCUUCAUGUGGCUGAAAGAAGAACAACAAAGAACAGGACAACUCAACCUGAUUCUAGCCUUAACCCUGUUCGUUCUGCUCAUUCCACCAGUCUGUGAAAUCUUACAAACAGAAACAUUGAUGCUGAUCCCUAUGGUUUGGGAGACCGUUAUAGGUUUCACCGUCAAUCUGCUAUUGGGAAUCUUUGCCUCUAAAGUGAAUAAAAGUUAUUUAAAACUGGA